AUGCAUUUCCUCUGCUUGCACGGACUGGGAACCAACAGCCGGAUCCUCCAAGUUCAAACCGCGACCCUGCGACAUGAGCUCGGCGAUUCGCAUACCUUCGACUACGCCGAAGGCACACUCCCCUGCCCUAUUGAUCCUGCCAUCGCCCCCUAUUUCCCGGAGGAAAGCGAUGAGGGGUACGCGUACUUUGACCCCAGCCGACCAUCCACCUACACGGCCGCCCUCGAGCAGCUCGAAGCCUUCCUCGUUACCGAGGGGCCCUUUGACGGCAUCCUGGCGUUCUCGCAAGGGGCGCAGUUGGCGGCGUCUUUCUUGAUUGCGGCCGCCGGCUCUUCCUCUUCCUCUUCCUCUUCAUCCUUCCCGGGAGCGCGCAGCAUCCGAUGCGCGAUCUUCCUCUCCGGCGGGAUUCCCUAUCAAUGGUCAUCCGCCCCAUCCUCGUCCUCACCAGCCUUAGGGCCGGCGUUGACCCCGAUUGCGGAAGCGGCAGCGGACAACAGCGAGGGCGCAGCAGCAGCAGCAGCAGCAGCAGCAGCACCAGCCGCACUACCGGUUUUGUUGCAUCUGCCCACCGCGCACAUCUGGGGCCAAAAUGACACCAGCUAUCCAGGCACCAGCGUCGUCUUGAGCCAGCUGUGUCGGCCGGAGUGGCGGGCGGUGUUUGUGCAUGAGGGGGGCCAUGAGAUCCCCGGGUCGAGAUCGCGGGCCUCGCUGUUGGGGGCCGUUCGGGCCAUUCGCCAAACCAUUCACUUGGCUGUCACAUUGCAUUAG